AUGGAUUUGUGGCGGCAGAUCGGGAGAGCGCCCGAGGCUCGGAGAAAUGGAGCAUGGAGAAUGCCCCAGGUUCCGAUGGCUACAUCGUGGCCUUCAAGUCAUGCCAUGGAAAGUACCUCUGCGCGGAUGGCGGUGACUUCCGGAACAUUGGAGUCGGAAAUGUGGUUCAUGCCGAUAGAGAUUCGUGUGGAGAAUGGGAGCAGUGGACCAUUAGCACUCCCGGGAUGUUCCGCUAUGCCGAGCCCAUGUUGCUCACGCUCUCGGUGCCAUGGCUGCAUCUGGGGCAACAGGAACAGCCGUGGCUCUUGCUGUGACUCCGGGAAUUGCCGCGCGCUUGGCUUCACGGCCGAGGGCAUCGCCGCAGGUUCUGCCGCAGCUGGGAUGAUGUCAGCAGCAGCCAUUGCUGAAGGUGGUGGUGUCGCUGCCGGGAGUACUGUUGCAACCUUGCAGGCAGUUGGCACAGGAGCUUCCCUCGCAGGCACUGCGCUCGCUGGCACCAUCUGUGCUGUAGCUUUGCCGGUCACCGCAGUUGUCGGCUUGGCAGUUUGGGCAGGGGUUGUCACGAACUGUAGCUUCCUCACAAACCCUCUCAAAGACAAGCCACCUCAGGGCAAGUGGAUGCUGGGGACAGAAGAAGGUGUGCACAACGUGCUCUUCUAUGAGUUCUCGGACGAGCCGACGGCAGUUCAUGCGUUUGAUGAUGUGAAGACGUCUCGCAUACUCUUCAACAAGGAGCACAGGGAGGUUCGCUGCGCAGGCCUGAAUUUCAAUGCCAUCGAGACGAUCCGCGUGAAGGCACGUCACGCGUAA